AUGAAAGGAAAUGAAAGGAUUUCCACAAUGGACGCUUUACUCUUCGCCAUUAGUUUGGAAGUAAUGUUGCUUCAAAUGAGGAUAUUAGAAAUAAGUGCAAAGCGAAAGUUCCCUGCGUCAGGCCUCAAGGACGUACGAGAAAAACAGCUUAGUGAUAAGCUCGCUAGAGAUCGUAAAAUUGUCAAGGAAAUAUUGCUAAGAACUUUGUUAGGAUUAGCUCAAGAUGGUGAAUGGUACGUACUCAAAGAAGCUGUUGAAGUCAUAGAAAAAAAUACAAAUUCUUUGGGGGUGUUAACGACGCGUCAUGAAAAAUUAAAAAGUUCACUAGAAAAUAUCUGUUUUGAGCUUCAAAGGAACCGACUACAGUGGAAACUUGACUUUCGGAAAUAUGAUUUGAAAAUAGCAUUCCUUCGUGAUAGCAUAAAGGACUGCGUGUUGAAUUCGCGUAUGCAUUUCGAUUAUGCUGAUAGAUGGCUAAGUGCACGCGCGGAGUCGCUAGAGUUACAGGUGCAAGUAUCGGCAGCGCCGGCGCCGCGGCUCGACCACGAGGACUGCGUACACGAUGAACUGCUUAAAGCUUAUGAGUUACAGAUUCAGGAAAGAGUGCAACUGCUGGACUAUUGGAAAAUACGAUACUUUAAAGAUACAGCUGAUCUAGAAGCUAGACUCGCUGCACAAUGCGAGCAAUUACGGGUCACUGUAGUGCGCCGAGGAGAAUUAGAGAGUUUGUUCAAACUUCACGAGGGAGAGAUGCGAGCAUGGCUAACAUUUAAAAAAGAGCGCGCCGCCCGACUCGCCCGGGAGGAACGCUUGCGGAAAGCAGCCACACGAAUCCAGGCGUGGUGGCGCGGCGUCAUGGUGCGACGGGCCCUCGGUUUUUUACAAUUGGAGUUCUGGGAAAUUUGGAUUUUAUCAUCUUUGGAAUUGGAUGUAAUUAUCCACAAUGUGGGUGCUAGUGGUGUUGGGUGUGGUGACGAGUGCGUCUCGAGCGCUCUCCGCCGGCUACUGCUCUAC